UGUCGUUUCUUGCGCUGUUGCGUUCACUGUUUACCUCCUUGAGCGCACACCCACUCGCACACGCGCGUAUACAGUGCAUUACUGUAUGCUGCUGCGGCGUUCAGGGCCCGUGGGACACCCGGACACGCAGCGCGAGUCUGUAUUAUUACUGGCGGGAAACGACGCAACUUUUCAUGCCGGGAAGUGAGAGCGAGAGGGGGGGGAGAAAAAGAGCCAGGACUGGAUGGAAGAGCAGCCAGCGCGCCACCUGGCGGCGGACAUGCAGCAACGCACCGGAGCUGCCCACUGUACGAUUAUGAAAACACCAGCGCCAAUGUUGUUGCUCCGCGGAGGAAGCUCCGAGGACGAGUCGCGUAACCUUUAACGCGUCUAAUCCACGCCACGUCGUUGUUUUGCUCGGCGCCGUGGAUUUUCACACACACACACACACACACACGGGUGGCGGUGGAGCUGGUGGACGGAGGAGGAGAGUUCGGGGGGUGGGGGGGUGGUGGGGGGUCCGGACAGCAACAUCUUCACCUUCUCCAGCGUCUUCUAACGCAGUUUGCUCCGGGACCGCUUUUAAAGGAGGCGUUUUGUGAGCUCAAGCCCAACGGACCAAAGAUUGUCCGUUGCCAGAUGAAGAAGCUCAACUCUCCAUAGUCGGACUCUUUUUCUUCAAUCUAUCACUCCUACCUGCAAGCAACCUCCCCCUACUGGGAAGUGCACAGCCCUCUGCUCCUCCCCCCUGACUUCUCUGAUGGACCAGAGAAUGAAGGGGGGUACCCCUCCGAUGACGGACUCCACUCUGGAUGCGUCCCCUGCACCUGAGGACUUGGAGCAGGACCAGGAUAAACGAAAGCGGAUGGUCGAGGGGGAGGAUUCGGACUGUAGUAGGAAAGAGGAGCGACGAGGGAAAAAGAGAGAAGGGGACAAGGGGGCAGUACUGGAGUUGCUCAUCGAGGGGCGCUGCGGAGGCGCAGGGCAGCAGCAGCUUCAGAUAUGUGGCAAAGACAGCGGCUGCCCCGACGGGAAUGUGCGACUCCGCAUCGGAGUCCAGGCCAAGCGCACCAAGAAGCCGCCCAAGAUCUUGGAGAGCUACGUCUGCAAGCCCACCAUCAGAACCUACCAGAGGCAGGUCCGAGGAGGGGCGCUCCCCAGCAGGGGCGGCUCUAAUCCGGACCACGCCAACAGGGAGUCCAUCUCAGGCUCGGACGGUGUGCAGACCGCAUCCAAACAAACCCUGCCUCCGCAGUUAUCAUCGUCUUCAUCGCCGGCGUCAUGUCCUACAGCUUCCGGCUCAGCGUCAGCCAUUGCCAGCUCAGGGACCAAGUCUGCCAAACAGGUUCCACUGAAACUGGCCACGAACGCAGACGCAACUUCAAGUGGUCCGCCUGAGAGCGUAAAGAAAGAGAAGACUCCAAGCAUCCGUGACCAGCCGGUUCCUGCAGGACCUAAACUUUCCUCGCCUUCAACUUCCACGCCAUGCGUAGACACGCCUCCUGAAGCGGGAAUCAACAAGAACCACAAUGGUGUGGUGCAGACCCAGAAGCAGAAAGGGCUUUCCAAUGGGAGAUGCUCUGAAGAAAACAUCGGAGAUAGCCCAAAAAUCAAAUCCGGGAAACACAGCGGCUCUCCAGUUCCUUGCGUGGAACCAUCCACAACACCUCCAAGCUCCUCUGAAACUCAGCUCUGUUUGCCCGAAAGGGAUAUGUCUUCUCAGUCACCGGAUGCGGAUCCUUCACGAUAUCUCUCCAAAGACAAAAAGAAAGAGCGGAAGAUAAGGAAAGAGAAACGGAAGGAGAAAAAAUCAAAGGGAGAUGGACUGGACCUAGCAAGAGUGAAGGCUGACAGUCGAAAGGAAGGAAUAAAAAAGAAGAAAAAAGACAAAGGAAAAGAUGGCAAAUGGAGACAUGGGAAGGAGCGACCGGUGUCUGACCAUAAAGGUGGUGAGGAACCAAAGACUGGAGAAAAAGCUGAGAAAAACAAGGACAAGAUCAGGAAAGAGGAUACCAAAUGGAGCGGCAACGGUAAAGGAGAUCAAACACCUAAAGGCAGACCAGAUGGUGGGGAUAUCAGAGAUAAUAUUUGCACGUCGGUCAAAGAAGCUGAGCACCAAGCCCCGGCAGGCGAUGACAAUAAGUCAAAAGAGAAGGAGGUCUUCAGCCGGUCAACGGUACCGCCAAAACAAUCCGUGUCUUCGUCCGCUGCGCCUCCUCUUUCUCCCCAUUCCUUGCAAGAGCAAGACAGCAGACCGCUGAAGAAACGUAAAGCUCGACGUCCCAGCUGGACAAAGUUGGUGCAUCGGGCUCAGAGGGCGGAAAAUCAGAAAGAUGAUUCUCAAGCUAGUUCCUCCCAGGCACCUAAUCGGCAAACUGAUGAGCUGACUCAUUUGUCUCCUUCUCCGUCCCCGACCACCAGCGUUCCUGUGUCUGUGUCUGUGUCUUCUCCGGUCAAACCAUCAUCCCCGAAACGGAAUCAUUCCACAUUAGACCCCAGCCCGCCUUCCGCCCCGAAAAGCCCUGCGACCCCUACCAGAAGAAGAGGCCGCCCCAAAUCCCACUGCAUGAUCUACGAUGAACCUCUUCGACUUUCACCCGAGGAAAUCGCCUUUUUGGGGUGUGACAAUGUUCAACCGUUCCCGGUCUCGGAGUCCAGCCCGAAAAAACGCGGUCGUCCUCGCAAACAAGCUAUGAAUCCCACAGAAGUCACAGAUCCUCACCCUUCUCCCGAAAAGGGAAACAGGCAGCUAAAGAUCAGGAAGCUCAUCAACGAGAGGAAGAAAAGGAAGAAGAGGCGGCUCCACAAGGUAAUAAAUCCCGGCUAUCCCGGGAAUGACGGCAGGAGAAUUAAAGCUGCACAGAACAAUCCAAGCGCAUGCAAGUCGACCGAGUCUCCGAUCGUGCCCACGCUCUCCGCCCUGUCCUCCUCCUUCGGGGCCAAGCUGGGGCCUCUCAUCAACGUGAGCAAGAGAGGAACCAUCUACAUGGGGAAGAGGCGAGGACGCAAGCCCAAAUCCCAAACGGCUCAUCUGAAACCCAACAGCUUCACUCAGUCGUCUUUGUUCGGCCAUCCCACAGAAACAUCUUUCUUCAUGUCUCAGCCCGCCCACCCCUUCCCCUCCCCGUCCCUUACCCACUCCAGUGGGGCCCAGAGUCCUUAUAGCGAAGGAAGUGUCACCGAGCCAACAUCCGCUCUGGUUUUUCCUCCCCCGUUCUCGCUCCCGUCGCCAUCUUCCUCCUGCACGUCACCCCGCCCCCUGUCCUGCUCCUCCGUCUCCCCCUUUGUGAAGAAGAGUUGCCCAUGCCAGGGCAGGCACCACUUCCCUUUUCACCAGUCGUCAUGUAAGCUUUCUUCGCCCCCGCCUACGCUGCAUCCGACUCCCGGGUCCCCGGGCCACUUAAAAGACCCGACCCCCUCCCCCAGGAGUGAAUCUCACAGCGAGGAGACAUUGCCCAGCGAUAGCGGGAUCGGAACCGAUAACAACAGUGUCUGCGAGCGAGCAGACAUGAGGGGGGCGAGAGGCGUCCUCCGGUUGGGGCAAAGGUCCGGGGGAAUUCUUGGCGGUCCGAAAAAUCCUUCUCUUAUCGAGAGCGCCUCUCAUUUUCUGAUGUCCAGACACAAGAGUCCGGUCAGCAACUCAACAGCCAUGGAGCGACACCGACAUCGGCACAAGCGGAGGGAUUACAGCUGCCCCUCUUCCUGCGCCUGCUUGUGCCCCUGCCCCGGGCACAACAACAAGUGCCCCCAUUCCGAUUUCUUCCCUUGCCUUGGUCACAACACACUGAAGAAACAGAAAAAUAAACACAAAAAGAAACACCAGCAGCUACUCAUGCAGGACCCGGAGUUUCUGUCGGAACUGGAAGAGCUCAUCGGUCAAUUCAGCGAAGUCCACAUCGGUCGGAGAGCCUGGGCUCGAGCGGAGCUGGCACAGGGUUUGGAGGGGAGCGGGAACGCGCUCGGGGGCAGGCGGCAUCACUCCUCGCACUCUCACCGCUCCAACGUCUUCAGGAUCAAUCUGAACGGCUUCUAUUCGCCUCACCCUCCCACCUUUGCCGCCAAUCCCGCCUUCCCCCCCCAGCCGUUCUACCCCUGCCAGCCCGUGCAUUGCAACAGGAAGCCGGAGCGCCGGCAGUGCGGCUGUCCGUCAAAGUUCCAGGACGGCAUCGACAACAUGGGAUUCUACAGCAGCUACCCGCCAGCCACGACGCUGUACCACCACCUUCCCGGCUCGUACCCAAUUCCCUCUCCUCACCAGUACGCCCCGCAACAGCCGCACCACGCCCACUUCCUACUCAACCCCGCCAGGUUCCACAGGCGGAGGAGCAGGCUGCUGAGGGAGGGAGCUUUCGGAGGGGAGGUGGAAGGAAGCGGAGGGUACACGUCGAGCCUCCCGUGUGACUGCGGGCGGAGCGAACACAAACAUAAACACAGGGAGAGGCCCACUGAACCAAACAUGGACGACGAGGUGGCGUUACGUGAUCGUGAGGGCGGCGAAGCGGUGGCGAGAGAGAGCUUCUCCAGUGCAAAGUCUCGGUUGAUGAUGGGACAAGGAGGCGUGAAGAAGUGCACGAGAGGAACGGGCGGCGUUCUGUCCAAAGAGUCACCUUGGCUACGUGAGAACGGAAGCAAUUCCUUCUCCGCCGCAUCAUCGGCAUCAUCUUUGUCAGAGAGAUCCAGACCCGCGUCUCUUUUCUCCGUGGGACUGGGCUCCUCUCACUUGUCUUCAUUCGGGGGAGGGUGGGGCGGACUGAGCCACGGUUGGACAAAGCCCAGGGGUGCAGAGUUCCCAAACUCCAGCUGGGGGUCCUUCAGUGGACACGCAGGCCGAACGGUCCCGUCGGACCAUGAGGACUAUGACGAGGAAGAUAUUCACCUGAACAGGAAGUCCCCAUCCCCAACGCACACCAACUUGUUCACAUCCUCGGCCGCGGCGAAAGGAGGGCGUGGCUUGAGGAGCGUGGUAGCCACCAGGAACCUGGGGGGAGGUAGGUUAUGGAGGACGGACCAGCCGGCUUGGACCGAGAGGAGAGAAUCAGGCUUACAAGGUGACUCGAGAAGCCGCGGGCAGCCCCGAGCGGUGCCAACAGCACACAGAGCGGAUGGCAAAAACAAAAGGCGACCGGGACGACCCAGGAAACGCCCUCUGACCUCCGCUUUGUCCCCGUCGGCGCCGCCACCCGACCUCUCGCCUAAUAAUAAUAAUAAUAAUAAUAAUAAUAAUAAUAAUAAAAGCGAUGGAGUGGGCGUCGUCUCGGUGCAGCAGGUGACGGAUGCAGAGCUUCAGGCCAAGAGGAAGCGAGGACGGAAGAGAAAACAUGACGCGUCUCCCUGUCACCAGAGCGGCGCAGACCAGGAGUGUUGCGACGCACUCGAGGAAACUUUCGGCUAUACGGCCGCAUCGCAGCCCGCAUCGCAGCCCGCAUCGCAGCCCGCAUCGCAGCCCGCAUCGCAGCCCGCAUCGCAGCCGGUCAGCAUCCAAAGAGACGAGCGGGACGACGCCCCUCCAAGGAAGACCUUUUUGAGGGCGGGGCUCUACUCGGACGAUUACAAAACCACAGACCCCCCCUCCCAGUUGUUUUCCAGACGGAGUACCGAAUACAAACCGGGGGAGCGCGACUACAGCCUUUUACCUGCGCCCAUCCAUGUUGGGAAGUACUUGAGGCUGAAGAGGAUCCAUUUCCAGUUACCCUAUGACGUCAUGUGGCUUUGGCAGCACAGCCAGCUCCAAAGGCAACCGGCCUUCCCGCUGAAGAGGAAGCGGCGAUACUGUCGCAUGAAGGAAAGGACGUUAGCGUCUGAGCACGCAGCGGAGGAGACCUCCAGCGACCUGGCCAGCCUCUUCCCUCACCUCGACAUGGAGCCUCUGAGCGGCAGUGAGCGGAGCUUUGUGGUGACACGUCGCGUGUUCCUGGUGAGGAACUGGGAGCUGGUGAGAGAGCGACAGAUCCGGCUGAGGAUGGAGCGGAGGCCGGAGGGGAGCGGCGAGGCGGAGGAGAGCGACUGGCGACUCGGUUGCGGGGACGGCGCCGGCGGAGACGAUAGCCACAUCAAGUCAGACGUAGCGGUGGGGGUGGUGGAGGUGACCGUUUCCACCAGCGGUGACCCCCGGCACCACGAGAGCCCCGACACCCCCGGCUCGCUCGCUGCCGCCCGGAGCCACAACGCAAAAGACGACGACGGAGAAGAAGAAGAAGAGGAGGAGGAUGAGGAGGAGGAUGGCGGCGUGGAAGAUAAACUGGGAGAUGGCAGCAGAGAGCAGAGGAGAAAACGGCUCAACGAUUUACUUUUGACCCUUCCGCAUUCAUAAGCUAACACACACACACACACACACGCACAGGCAAGUACACACAAGAGCACACAACUGGGGUAUACACUGCAUGUAAAGUACCCCCCCCCAAAAAAAAAAACAAAAAAAACACUGUCUGCAUUUGUUUACAUUGAUAGUGAAACACAUAUGACAUGUAAUAUGACAGACUCUUUGUUACUUCCAUGUUCGAUGCCCGUUCCAAAUGUUUCAAAUUGCACCCCCCCCCUCCCGGGAAUGGUCUCACAACAGGCAUUAUAAUCCCGAAAAAAAACACAGUCUACUGUUGCGUAACUGCAACUUCCUGUCUGCCCCUCAUGGGUUUAUCAUUCAUUCAUUCAUUCAUUUUCUACCGCUUUUUCCUCACGAGGGUCGCGGGGGGUGCUGGAGCCUAUCCCAGCUGUCUUCGGGCGUAAGGCGGGGUACACCCUAGACUGGUUGCCAGCCAAUCACAGGGCACAUAUAGACAAACAACCAUUCACACUCACAUUCAUACCUAUGGACAAUUUGGAGUGGCUAAUUAACCUAGCAUGUUUUUGGAAUGUGGGAGGAAACCGGAGUACCCGGAGAAAACCCACGCAUGCACGGGGAGAACAUGCAAACUCCAGCUGUGAGGUCUGUGCGCUAACCCCUAGACCAGGGGUCAGCAACCCACGGCUCCAGAGCCGCAUGUGGCUCUUCAGCCUCUUUGUUGUGGCUCCCUUCGCAAUGCUCAAGUAUUCAACACCUGAACUUGUAGAGGACAGAAUAAACAUGUUUGUCAACAAAUGUAAACAUUUAAACAUUUAUCUUCUGUAUUAGCAAGUUCCGAUGCUAGCAAGAGUAAUUGAAAUUACAUUUUUUCUCCUCGGAACUACUUUGAUACCCCAAAAUUCCCUCUAAAUCUGGCAGUCAAACAAAUCUUUUUCCUCAGGCAUCAGGUAUAUACUUCUGAAAGUUUAUAAGAUAUUGUUUAUGAAUUAUAUUAUGCAACUCCAGUCUAUUUUCCCUUAGUGAGCAAUGAGGUAAAAUGGCUCUUUUGAUAGGAAAGGUUGCUGACCCCUGCCCUAGACCACCGUGCCGCCCCAUGGGUUUAACAUUUACAGUAAAAUGCUAGCAUGACUGCUAUUCAUGUCCCCGAUGUUGAGCGUGUUGCCAGUAUGUCCCCUUUCUCUGCUUCAGGUGUUCAGGUGUGAGCACCGACAAGGGAAAAAAAAAAAAAAGAGGACCAGGCCCGCCGCCGGGACACACGGGACAAGUGCCGUUUGGACACCGAGGGGGACAAGAAGACGACAAGACGACGACAAGAAGACGGCAGAAAAAUGCAAGAAAGACAUCAUGGCGGGGGCACGCUGUGACCGAUGUUGAACCGCGCUUUGAAGGGCAUCACACCAAGGAUGCAACCAUGGCAACACCUCUUUUGUCCAGGCGGCCGGGCAUGAAAGAGAGAGCGGAUCAAGGAGAAAAAAAAAAAAAAAACAGACCAGCUGAAAAUGAAUUUGCACUAGUGCCGGAGCACGCUAAAGACACUAAAGAGGACACUAUAGAGGACACUAAAGAGGACACUAUAGAGGACACUAUAGAGGACGCUAAAGAGGACACUAAAGAGGACGCUAAAGACUCGUGUGUGCUCAGAAGAAAAGACUGACCUGAAAGUGGAACAUGGCUAACUGGGUCAGAAAGGAAGCUUCCAAAGUCACAUUGCACCUUGAGGAAAAAGGGAGGAAGGGCGCCAGCUCUCAUUUGGGUUUUCUUCACUUGGGGUUGGGGGGUUGGGGACGGGGGUGUUAGGCAUCGCUGCAAAAGAAUUUCUAAUGAGGUUUUAAAGAAAGACGUUAUUUUUCUGUGCUGCCUGCUAAAGAACUCUAUGAAGACGAGGAAUGUUUAUUGUUAGCGCUUCGGUCUUGCUUCCCGAGGGUGAAUUGCCGUCACGUGCGCUGACGUUCCCGGCUGGUGAGGCACAGAGAACCGAGAACCGAGACGAGGGGAGAAGAAUCCACUUUGGGUUUUCCCCAUACUACCGAGACCCCGUGUUUUUAUUUUUAUAAGCUGAAAAAUAUUCGUGUUACACAGUGAUGUGUAACAGUCUGACGCUUUGUUGUAAAAGUUUAGCGCCUCCUGGUGAGCACGCCCCCCCCCCCCCUUCAGGGUGCCGCCCGUACCACACGUCUACGUACUAAAAUAGCGAUAUAAAUUAUUCAUAAAUAAUGGUAAAACUUUGAGUAGCGUUACCGAAUGACUACAAAUGUAAUCAAAUUAAUCACAGUUUCCAAUUAAUUAAUCACGACUAAUCACUGGUGGUGAAAAAUAUAUUUUUACUGUAUUUUAUGAACAAAAAGAUAAAUGACGGGACAUAUUUACAAUAUAUUUAUAUGUUGACAGCUCACAUGAACGGAAAUUUAACACGAGUGUUUUUAAUAGUAGCGCCGUGAAGCGUUGCGUUCAAAGACACCAAGUUGAAUUGAGUGUAGUUGCACGUCCGAGCACAGUGUAGUACUUCUGUAGUAAGAGUAGCGUAAGUAAGUACUAACAAAUGGCCCGGACAUCUUUUCAGUAGCGGCCAUUUUACAUCAUUUCGACUGAUCUUUCAAGGCACACACAUUAUUGUGUUCUAUGGCUAUAUAAACAUGGAACCUACCGAAAGAAAAAUUUGACUCCCGUCUUUCAUCGGAACAAAAACGUUUAGUAAUCAGCAGUAGACGAUUGGUAAGUUUCAGGGAAAUAUCAGCUCCCGACUAAAAACGGGAAACGUAGCUUUUUGUGGAAAGAAACAUUUCGAACAAAUAUGUAAACAACUAUAACAACAUAAACAACACAAUAAUAAAUAAUUUACAAUUUGGAACUGAACUAUAUGUCCAGCGUUAAAAUUUCCCAACAACGUUUAACCUACACGCUACACUCCUCCACGCUUCCUGUCAGGUGGCAUUUUUCCAUUCACGUGAACUCUUCUGCCACCUGGUGGCCGUUUUUAUAGCUUCAAAUUGCUCUUGAGGUGAAAUCCAUAAGCGGAGGGUUGUCAACACUUAUUUUUGUCGUGGUUGGGUCAGGGCGUUUGGGCUUUGUAAAAACCCGUCUCGGGUAUUAUUGAAUGAGCUAAUAUUUUAUUAGUUAUAGUUUUUUGUGCCUCACCUGCCCCCACGCCCAGUAGUGAAAUGUGUCUUUAGUUCCAUCAGAUUGCCUUUGAGAAUGUUUUAUUGACAAUCAGAAUGUCCCGGGGGCGGUCCAGCAAAGACAGGAAGCAGUUUUGACAUAGAAGUGCCAUGCUGUUUUGUGUCGAUGGAAGCGAAGCAAUACGUCCUGCGAUAAGGACUGUUCUAUUAUGAUACAUAUAGUAUAUGUUUGUCAUGUUCCAUGAAGGUUGUGUACAGACGCAUAGAUCGCGGGGGGGCAUUUAGGUGAUACGCUAUUUAGUUUCAUGUGAAUGUACAUAGAAGAUAAAGCUCUAUACGUAAGAUUUCAUCUUCCUCUUGUUGUUUUUUUACAACUGACCAAUACAUUAGAUGUCAUUAGACUAUGAUUGUAUACUUUCUGCUUUGUAGACAAGCAUGUUUUUUAUUGGUCAGACAAUCAGUGAUUAUUAUUUUUUUUUCUUUGUUUUUAAAGUAGCGUGGCUUUUUUUUAUUUUAUGAACAACAAGCCAAGAAAGUGCAAUUUCUUUCACUGUUUACAUAUCCCGCAUAUAUUUUUCUUCCCCUUGACUUUUUUAAUGCAAGUGAUGAUGAACUUUCUAGCAGAGGUACAACUAAAAGAAAGAAGAGUUAUUUAUCUAGAUUGCAUGACGUGUAACCUUUGCCUGCUGCCUCUCAGUGCGUCUGGAAAAAGUCAAUUGCCAUAGAAAAGUGAGCUUUUUUUUUUUGCUUCUAUAUCCGAUAAUGAUAAUAAAAACCUUUUAUGUCUGAGAACUAAA